GCGAAGGUGGCUAGCAUUAGGGACUGGCCACGACCCCAGUCUGUGACUGAGGUCAUAUCAUUCUUGGGAAUGUGUGGAUAUAAAUUCAAUUUCGUAAAGAAUUAUAGUACGAUCGCAUCUCCCUUGACUGAUCUAACUCGACUUGACAUGCCAUGGGACUGGACCUACGAGUGUGAGGCAGCAUUCAAGCAAUUGAAUCAUGCUCUCACACACCAUGAAGUUCUCAUGGUACCUUACCCACAAAGGCCAUUCGUUGUAACCACCGACGCAAGCCAAUAUGGCAUUGGCGCAGUGUUGGCUCAGCAGGAAGGGAAAAAGUUGAUACCGGCCGAGUACAUGAGAAAAAAGAUGCCAUCAAAGAAGUUGACAAAGUCCACCUACGAAAGGGAACUCUAUGCUCUCUACAAGGCACUUGUCCACUGGAGGCACUAUUUGUUAGGAAGGUUCUUCUACUUGAGAACUGACCAUCAGACCCUCAAGUGGAUCAAGACCCAACCUGUUCUCUCCGAUGCACUCAAACGCUGGAUUGAAGUCAUAGAUCAGUAUGACUUCAAACUAGACUAUGUGAAGGGAGAGUACAACAAGGUUGCGGAUGUGUUGUCUCGCAAGGCAGAUUACCUAGGUGCAUUGAUCUCUGAGUUUGGCUUGUCUGAGGACGUUACUCGAUCUUUGGGGGAAGCCUACAAGGAAGAUCCCAUCACAAUCGACAUCAUCAACAAACUGCAGGCCAAAGACAAGGCCACCUCUGACGAGUUUGUGAUGGUGGAUGGGUUACUCUUUCUUGAAAAGGCAGGGUUUAAAAGGUUAGUUGUUCCAUCUAGGGAGAUUUUGCGUAGUUUAUUUUUAGGUAAGUGUCACAAUGCAAUGGUACAUUUCAGCUACAGGAAGACUAUUGCUAAUUUAGUACAUCGAUUCUGGUGGCCUAACAUGAUAGACGAUGCAGAGAAGUACGUAGAGACCUGUCAGGUCUGUCAGCGGGACAAGCCGCGGAAUCAAGCUCUGCUUGGGUCGCUCAAGCCUCUACCCAUUCCUGCUGGCCCAGGGCAGAGCAUCUCUGUGGACUUCAUGGAUACUCUCGUGACCAGCAAGAAUGGCAAACGGCACAUCUUCAUCAUAGUAGAUAGGUUCACUAAAUAUGCUAGACUAAUUGCCAUGCCGGAGACUGCCAGGACUGAGCACGUCAUUAAGUUGUUCAUGGACAACUAGGUGCGUGACUUUGGAAUGCCAAAGACCAUUGUUAGUAAUAUAGAUGUCCGGUUUACCAGCGAGAUGUGGAAGAAGGCUGCUGAACAGAUGGACAACCAACUUCAGUUCUGGGAAUCAUCCCGAAGCAAAUGGGCAGGAUGAACAGAUGAACCGUGUGGUGCAGCAUCUUCUGAGGCAUUACAUCAAGCCCAACCAGGAUGAUUGGAAUGAGAAACUACCUCUCAUCGCCAGUCUGUACAAUAAUGUUGUACACAACACCACCAGCGCCAGUCCUAAUCAACUGCAUCUGGGAUGGAAGCCUAGAUCUGGUCUAGACUUCCUCCUGCCUGAAAACCAAACUACUGCAACUCCUUGAACCAUUGAAUUUGGUGGCCAGUAUGAGAAAUUGUUGCAGCAGACUGUGGAACACAUCAAGAAAUCUCAGGAAGCUAUGAUUGCUUCUGAGAAUAAAUGUCGCCGACAGUC